AUAAGGUUUGCCUCCAGCAAGCUCGGAGUAGUACACACACAUCCAGGCAGAGGAAGGAGCCACAGACGCUCUCGGUGCCGGACAAGAAAAGUUAGAGACACUCGGCUCAUUCCACUAACAGACUGGAAGUCUGGAUAGCCUACUUUAGCAAAAGCUUUGUGAGCUAUUAGCACUCUGCACUGAACAGUCGACCAUCACUGGCUGAAAGAAGUAAGUCCUGAUUCCUGUCAAGAACGUGCGCGCUCAAAGUUUGGAAGUUUUCACGCAGAGAGGACGUUUGGAAACCAGUGUAUUUUUCAGUCAAGUAAUAAACCAGGAAGAAGAGAAAGGGGGGGGGGGGACGAAAAGUAGUUUUGUAGAAGACUUUUUUUUUAGCUACUUUGGUUUCUCUUCCAUGUAUACCAAGAUGGAAACUACUUUCUAUGACGACUCACUCAACGCUUUCUCCCAGCAAGACAACGCCGGCUACGGAUACAGCAACCCCAAAGUGCUGAAACACAACAUGACGCUGAACCUGAGCGAUCCGACGGGCACUCUGAAACCUCACCUCCGCGCCAAAGCCAGCGACAUCCUCACCUCUCCCGAUGUGGGCUUGCUGAAACUGGCUUCCCCGGAGCUGGAGCGGCUCAUCAUCCAGUCCAGCAACGGACUCAUCACCACCACGCCGACCCCGACUCAGUUCAUGUGUCCCAAGAAUGUUACGGACGAGCAGGAGGGCUUCGCUGAGGGGUUUGUCCGAGCCCUGGCUGAGCUUCACCACCAGCACAUGCCGGGCACAACUAAUGUGAGUGUCACCUCGGCUCCUCAGACCAGUGUCAACACUUCCCUGCCGCCUGUUUCAUCUGUUGCCGGUGCCACCGUUUACAACAACAACAACAACGCAGCCAUGCGCUCCGACUCGCCGGUUUAUGAGGACUUGAACACUUUUAACCCGGCCAUCAGCACCGUCUCGGCACCGAAUUACACCACCUCAGCCCCGACUAUGUCCUUCCCUGCUGCCCCGCCGCAGCUUCCCAUCUACGGGCAGACAUCCUCUGGCCAGCUCCACCGGCUCACGGCGCUCAAAGAGGAGCCCCAAACCGUGCCUGAGAUGCCGGGGGAGACGCCUCCUCUCUCCCCAAUCGACAUGGAGAACCAGGAGCGCAUCAAGGCCGAGAGAAAGCGGAUGAGGAACCGCAUCGCUGCCUCCAAGUGCCGGAAGAGGAAGCUGGAGCGCAUCUCGAGGCUGGAGGAUAAAGUGAAGAACCUCAAGUCCCAGAACUCGGAGCUCGCGUCCACUGCCAACAUGUUGCGCGAGCAGGUGGCCCAGCUGAAACAGAAGGUGAUGAACCACGUCAACAGCGGGUGCCAGCUCAUGUUAACGCAACAGCUCCAGACCUUCUGAGGUGGUGUCAGCGGCGGCGGAGAGACAAAAGACUGUAGUUGAAUGAAUGAAACCACGCGUCCUGUGAUAGUGAGUGGCUGUAUCUCCUGAAAUCGUGACGGGAUUUGGGAUGAUGUGGCGCGACACUGGCCACAGGACCUGGGGGGCCGCGCUAAAGUUCCAGAGUGCCACGCGCUACCUGGUGGCGCGUCCCAGAGAGGGGCUCGGGGAAAGUGACAGUAGCCAUGAACCAGAGAGGGCAUGCAAGCAGGAUACCUUUCUGUUUCGUGCUGGGUUUUUUUUUUACAGAGCUGGACAGGACUGAAAUUUUCUUGAUUUACACCCAGCUCUGCAU